CAAAUCUUCGUUCCUCUCUUCCAUUCCAUUACCGCCGCUGCAACAACUGCAACUUGUUGCAGCGGCGGAUCUGAAUUUAGCAAUAACUCCGCCCUCUCGUCUUUCUCUUUCUCUGCAUCUCCGAUCCCCUUCCAUCCUGCCAUUUUUUUUCCCUUUCCGUCUUAGUCACUGGUCAUCACCUUCUUGAUGAGAAUGGAAAGUUAGAAGCGGCAGUUCAAUUCUCUAUUCCCAUUCACCUCCCAACAAAUCAUCGUAGUUAACACCGGAUGCGUUCCGAUCUGUUGUUCGAAGGUGAUAAUCUCGUGACUGAAAUCGUUUGAAGCCCCCCUGUUCCGUCGAUCGUUUUCAGGCCGACAUCCGAAUCCAAAUCAGGUGCCAUUCUACCAAGGAACCAACCAAGCUCAUUGAACCAAGUAAAACAUACAAAUGGAGUUAAAUCACAACUUUAGCACCAAACUCUUGUGCCUCGUCUUCUUUUCCUUUCUUUGCAUUUCUUUGGCCAGUGCCUUUAUCUUCCCAAAAGAAGCCCUUCCCACCAAAAGUGGCUACCUUCCAAUCAACCCGAAGUCUAGUUCUGCCAUGUACUAUGCAUUCUAUGAAGCGCAAAGUCCCAUUUCAACUCUGUCUCAAACGCCUCUCCUCAUCUGGCUCCAAGGUGGCCCAGGUUGCACCUCCAUGCUUGGAAACCUUUAUGAGGUUGGCCCUUGGAUCGUGGAUUUUGAUCACCCAAGUGAAAUGAACUUAUUACAAUUUAACCCAAGUUUGAAACCAAAUCCUGGUGCUUGGAAUCGUAAGUUUGGCUUACUUUUCCUUGAUAAUCCAAUUGGGAGUGGCUAUAGUAUUGUUUCAACACCCGAAGAAAUACCAAGGGAUAUGGAUACUAUUGUCAACCAUAUUUUUGUUGCACUCGAUACAUUUAUGUCCUUUAACCCAUUAUUCAAGUCUCGCCCAAUUUAUAUCACCGGUGAGAGUUAUGCUGGAAAGUACAUUUCCGCAAUWGGGUCUUUUAUUCUACGACAAAAUUCUCUUGUAUCUACAUCCYACAAAUUGAAUUUAAAGGGAGUUGCAAUUGGUAAUGGGUGGAUUGACCCUAUUACCCAAUUGGAUACAAUUCCCACAAUUGCAUAUUUCUCAAGUUUAAUUAAUGAAAAACAGAAGGUCGAGCUUGAGGCGCUUCAAGUUAGGGCUGCAACACUUGCCCAAGAAGGAAAAUGGAGACAAGCAGGAGAGGCAGACAAGGAUUUAAUGCACCGCUUGCAAGAAAUGACAGGUUUAACUACUCUUUUUGAUCUUAGGAGGAGGGAUCGUUAUUUAACUGAAUGGGUUGGUGAAUUUCUUACUGAAGACGAGGUAAUGACGACUUUGGGUGCAAAAAGUUUGAUUCGAAAAGCAUGCGACAUUGAUGUAAGAGAAGCUUUGAUAGAAGAUGAUAUGAAGAGUACAAUAUCCAUGAUAGAAGAAUUGGUAAAUAAGAGUAAGGUCUUGCUAUACCAAGGGCAAUAUGAUUUAAAAGCUGGGGUGGUUGACAACAAAGCAUGGAUCAAUCAAUUGAAAUGGGAUGGUCUACAAAAAUUCCUAAUGGCUAGGAGAAAGAUUUGGAAUGUAAAUGGAUCACUUGCGGGUUAUGUGCAACAAUGGAUGAGCUUAACUCAUGUUGUUGUUUUAGAUUCUGGGCACAUGGUCCCCACUGAUCAACCUGUGAGUGCUCAAGAAAUGAUUGAAGAUUGGGUCUUGGAGCGUGGUACUUUUGCAGAUUAGAAACAAGCAUAGCGAAGUCCAAAUUUAGAGGAUUUGCAUUGAAUUCUAGUCAUGUCUAUUUGUAUGCAAGUUGUAUUGUAUGAAGAGAUAUUUUGUAAUACUUCUAUCAUGGAAGCACUAUAUGUUGUAUACGUUUUACACCUUGUGUGUGGUGGUGUUAGUUGUCUUGUCUUGCAACA